AAUUUUAUGGAGGCGGGGCGGUAGUUAAGUGGCGUCAGGCAGAGAGAGCACAUUGCGUCGACGUCAGAGGAACAGAGGCACACAUUUCGAUGCUCGAUGCUUUUUUUCUGAAAUGGUCUGUUGUUGUUGUGGGCAGCAACGACAACGGCUCUGAUGCUUUUUUUUUAUGAUUCUUGAACAACUUCCACGGUCACAUUUUCUCUUCUUUUGACCUAAGCAAAACCGAAGAUGUCUAAGGUUGCAUUUAGUACGAAUGGGAAAGUAAUUGGACCAAAAACAGAGAAAAAGGUGGAAUUCAGGCAGCCAUUGUCAACCGAAAGUCCUCUAAUAGACCGAGAAACAAUUAAAAUUGUGUAUGAUAAUUGUUCAAAAGGGAUUGGUUUACAAAUUAUUGGUGGCACUACACGGAAUGGGGAUACUACCCACGGGAUAUUUGUGAAGAAGCUUCUUCCUAAUGGGAUUGCAAAAACAGAAGGUCAGCUGAAAGUUGGUGACCAGCUGCUUAGUGUAAAUGGUAACACUCUUGAGGAUGCUACAAAUGAAUAUGCUGUCGACAUUCUACGGCGUGCAUCAGAAUCGAAUCACAUGGAACUUGUCAUUACAAGGGAUGAACAAGCUAGCAUUGAAUUUGUGGAAGUUUUCGAUUCUAAUUCAAUACACUCUGCUAGUCCACCCUGCAAUUUGAAUCUCUUCAACAAGUUUGUUCCAACCUCGCCUGAUUAUAAUAGUAAAUAUUCUCGAACGCCUUCACCUAGAACAACUUCCAUCACAGAAAACUCCAGGUCAGUUUCACCACAAGCAAAUUCACCAAAGAAUUCUCCUAGGACUCCAACCUCUGCUCGAGCCGCCUCUCCAUUUUCUGCCACACCUCGAUCACCCUCUCCACAAACAGCCUCCCCAGUAACAACCUCUCCAAGAGCUAUUUCUCCAUUGGUGAAUACACCGAAAGCUUCUUCUUCACAAAUAUCUUCUCAAAGAGUAUUCUUUCACCCAUCUGUUUCGAGUCCAACUUCUCCACCUACUCUGUUUGCUGCUAAUUCUCCACAAUCUCCUCCUCCACAAAAUGCCAUACCAAAUUUAAAUUCUUCAUCACCUAUCCAAUCAAUGACAAAUUCUCCACAGCCUGUUUUAUCUGAAACAGAUUCUUCUCAACCUAACCAAUCAAAACCAAAUUCUCCCCAAUCUAUCCUAUCCAAAGGGAAUUUAUCUCAGACCACAUUAUCAGAGACAGCCCAGGAACUCACUGUAUCCGAGCCAAUAUCUUUUCAAACUUCUCCUCCUGUGGCAACUUCUCCUCAGUGUAACUUAGAAAGACCUAAUUCACCUACUGUGCCAUUACCAAGACCUUAUUCUCCAUCUGAUAUUGGUGCAAAUGAUAUCUUUCCUGUAUUUUCCCAAGCGAAUAAUGCUCCAGCUACUUCACCACAAAUUACAUCUGCAGGGGCCACUCCUUCACCUGAAAAUCACUCAGAUAAUCGUAAAUGGAAUUCCGACUAUGACUUCCCAGACACAUAUCAACAAAUUCACAAAUAUGACAAACCAUUUACCUAUGGUAUCACAUCCCCUACAGAAAUUGCCCUUCCUCGUUCUCGCAUACCAAUGUAUGCAGAGAAACCAUUAAACUCACCAACUUUACCGAAAUACAACGGUUGGCGUGAAGCGAAUUCAGCCCAUGAAAUAUCUCAAGAAAUUCAACCUUACUUAAAGGACACUGAAUCAGCUGGUAAAUCAUCUAUUUUACAUAUACAUUACUCUGAUGAGGCCCCGAAUAAUAAAUAUGGAAAUUCUAAGGUUAAUUUUUGUCAGGAUGAAAAUGUUUCGACAUCUACUCAGUUACCACAUUCACCACAAAACAAUGUGAAUCUCAAGGAAAUGACAGAUCUGUGGCAAACAUUAGGCUUUCAACCAACUCCUAAUGAAUUGGCUGCCAUCAGGUACCGUGUGGCUGUUGACGAAAAUGGAAUGGUUUCUUAUGAAGAAAUCAUUAAAGUUGCUAAUGAGGUGUGUCAAGCCAGUUCAAAAGGAGUUGAGAAAGACUUUUCCCGGCCUACAAAUCGAGAAGUGAGAGUUGAAACAUUUCCACACGAGGUAGAAGUUUUACCUGACUCGACAAUGUUGUCUUUGGAAGAGGUUGCCCAGAUCCAAUUAGAAAAAGAUAUCCUGCAGGUUGAGGUUGAAAAACUGCGUGCAAAAAUCCGAGAAAAAGAAGACAGUUGCAAUACAGCUGAGGAAGAACUACUUCGAAUUAGGAGGGAGGCACAAGGAGCUAUUCACGAAACCCGUUCUCUGCGAAGUAAGGUUCAUCUUGCGGAAGAAGCUCAAAAAGCAGCUCGAAAUCUGGAACAAGGUUAUGAAGAAGCUAUUCAAGUACUGGAAAAAGAAAUUGUGCAGUUAAGAUCACAGCUACAAAAACAAUCUAAGAACUCUCCAAUACAUCGACAGCUUGCAGUUGCUGCAUGUCAACUAAGAAAGAUGGAAUCUUGUAAGAAAACAUAUGAAGUAGCUAUUGAAAAAUUAUUGAAAUUCAUAGAGCAUAUCCAAGAAGUUUUGGAAGGAAACUCAGCAGUAAAACUGGCAGGACAUCAAGAACAAAGUUCCAAAAGUUCUUCAGUUAAAAUAAAGAAUAAGUUCACAUCUCUUAAAAAUUUGGCAACAGAAGCAAAAGAUCUUAGCAGAAGUGUUAAACUUUUAAUAGAUUCUCAACCCUUACCUUACGGAUGGGAAGAAGCAUAUAGCUCAGAUGGCUUAAAAUACUACUUAAAUCACAUAAAUCAGACAACUACCUGGUCACAUCCUUUAUCUGGAACUCAGCAAUUCCCAUCAACUGGCAGCUAUGCUCAAGUAUCACAAACAGCAAGCAGCAGCACAAGUCCAUCAAGUGCCUCAAGAACUAAAGCCCUUCCACAACCAGGACCAAGCAUUUUGAAAGAGACAAAGAAUUAAUAUCUCACUCUUUCCACAGUUUAUCUUUAAAAAGAAAAGAA